AUGAAUGAAGAUGAAGAAUUGAAAGCUCACGAGAAUUCUCCUCAAAUAGAAUCCUACCUGGAACCAUCGCCGGUCUUUUCUCAAACCACACCGCUUCGGUCAGGUCGCAAGCACAUUACGCCGCCCUUUGACACUGUUGAGUCUAUUGAUCUUACGGGGGAGAUCGGCCCUUUGACCUCCGCAUCAUCGAUCACGAACUCUGGAGACCAGCCUUCAUCGUUGACCGAGGAUACUGCAACACGCAAAGAUUUUUAUAAGGAGCUUAGGACAAAAUGGAAAAACGAAGAAUAUACAUCGGGCGUAACCGAAGAUCAAAGCACUUGGAAGGCAAACUCAUCACCAAAUUUGGAAGAAAGUUCCACAGAGCUACUGGCAGAGUCGGACCGAGCCAGUCAUGUCACUCCUUCAAAUUUUGCGCAAUGGCACAGACAGGAUUGCCCUAAUUUACCGCAGAACCGCGAGAAGGAAGAUGAAGAUGAUUGGUUUGAUGUCAAUCAUGUUGAAAGUAUGUUUGGAAGUGCUGAGCCAGAGUUUGAUCCACAGCCAUCUUCGAUGUAUGGUCUAGAGAACCAAAAAGAGGGGCAGCAUCAUUUCUCACUUUCACGAUCUACAUGCAGUGAUACGGUAGGACAAUCGGCUAGAAAUGCCGUGAAGAUCACUUUGAAAGAAGCGAAGAGCAGUUCUCAAGAGAAUGAUCAGAAUCUUUCGAAUUUUAUGGCUAUUCUUACAGAAUUCUUUGCUCAAUUGAAAUCACGACUGAAGGAGACCCUUCAGACAAACGCAGAGCUUGCAUACGAGCUCUUACUACGAGGGCAAUCAGCAAUGGACCUCAUCGCGACGAACAAGGAUCUGGUAGCCCAAAUGGACGCCAUUGAAUUGCUGCAGAAGAGCAGAGAAGCCUAUCGCAAGAUUAUUGCCCAAAGGGAGAGCCUCAAGCAAAGUCUGAUGCGAGAGAUUUCACAAGGUUUCGAUCCAACAACUAUGCCGGAAGAGCUAGAUAAAUGCCGAGCCAUUGAAGCCAAAAUGCGUGAAAUAGAUUCUACCAUUCGUGGCCUAUUACCCCAGGCUAAGAUCUUUGAAAUGGUACAAUGUUCUGCAUCGGACAGAUCUGAGUCGCCCGCCUAA